AGUCUGGACGACUGGACCUCCUUCUUUAACCAACUUGAUCAUAUUCUCUCUCUCUCUCUCUCUCUCUCUCUCUCUGUAUUUUGAGAAAGAAGAAAAAAAAAAUGAGCAACAUAAGCAUGGUAGAGGCAAAGUUGCCACCGGGAUUUCGUUUCCAUCCAAGAGAUGAAGAACUGGUAUGCGAUUACUUGAUGAAGAAGGUAAAAAGCAGUGGCUCCCCUCUUCUGAUUGAAGUUGACCUCAACAAGUGCGAACCUUGGGAUAUUCCUGAAACGGCUUGUGUGGGAGGCAAAGAAUGGUACUUCUAUACUCAGCGUGAUCGAAAAUAUGCGACCGGACUACGAACAAACCGUGCAACCGCCUCAGGCUAUUGGAAGGCCACCGGGAAGGAUAGGUCGGUCCUUCGCAAAGGUUCACUUGUCGGGAUGAGAAAAACAUUGGUGUUUUACCAAGGUAGGGCACCCAAAGGAAGAAAAACCGAUUGGGUCAUGCAUGAGUUCAGGCUUGAAGGACCCCUUGCUCCCCCUACAAUUUCCUCUCCCACGGAGGAUUGGGUGUUGUCUAAGGUGUUCUAUAAAAACAGAGAAGUGGCUGCCAAACCAGGCAUGGGAAGCUGCUAUGACGCGGGUUCUUGUUCUUCAUCUCUACCAGCAUUAAUGGACUCUUACAUCACUUUUGACCAAACUCAAACCCAUGCAGAUGAGUCUCAGCAAGUGCCCUGCUUCUCCAUUUUCAACCAAAACCAAAACCAAAACCAAACCGACCCAAUCUUCACACAUAUCAGUACCACCAUGGAACCAACCACAUUCAAGGGUUUACCAAACAUGGGUUCUUGUUUAGACCCUUUUUCCUGUGACAAGAAGGUUCUCAAAGCUGUUCUGAGCCAACUAAGCAACAUGGAUAGCAAUCCUAAUCUCAAAGGAUCGCCGAGCUUAGGAGGAGGAAGUUCCGAGAGCUACUUAUCUGACGUGGGCUUGCCCAACAUAUGGAACUAUUACUGAUUAAUUACUUUUAAAGAGAUGUUAGUAUAUAUAUAUAUGUGUGUGUGUGUAUCCUACACAUAUAUAUUUGGAGGCUUCUCGAACUAGACAUGGAAUUGAAUCCAGCUUGAUUGUAGCUUUCUAAAUUUAUUAAUGGGUGAAAUGUAAAUUGUGAAAAUUUCAUGUUUAGCCAAA